CUUGGUGGUCUGUCACCUCAAGAGCUGACUCCAUGCAUGUCCAUAGCAUGGAGCGGUUUGGGACUAACCCUCUGUCCCAGAGCAGCACUAGCUGCCUCUCUGAGGACUCGCAGGAUGGGAAUAUCCUAAUGGUUGGAGCGAAUUCUUUGGAAGAAAAGAAGCUGAAAAGACGUCAAAAGAAUCGUGCAGCUGCCCAGAGGAGCCGACAAAAGCACACGGAGAAGGCGGACGAGCUCCAUCAGCAACACGAGCACCUGGAGCAAAAGAACACAGCCCUGAAGAAGGAGAUUGAGGCCCUGAAGGAGGAGCUGAACUACUGGAAUCAAAUGCUCAAGGACCAUGAAUCCACCUGCCCGGACAUGCUGACUCCCUCCUUGCCAACACAGACCCCCCUUCUGCACUGGCUGGCCGAGGGGCUGAACCGGGGGAUACAGUGACCCUGGCUACCCCUUGGGAGUCCUAAGCUAAGGAGGGCUGUUAAACUGUGAGAGAAGAGCUGCUGCACUGGAUCAGACCCAUGGACCCAUCCAGCCCAGUAUCUCUCCCUCCCUGCUGCCCUGGCUCAGGCCCACAGCCCAUGUAGUUCCAUCUUUGACAUCAGCCAGAAGCAGAUGCUUGAAAGGACAGCACCAAAUGUAAUCUGGGAGGUGGGCUGGUGAGUGGAUGCAGCUUUGCUUCCUUCCAGGCAGCAGAUCUCUCCACAACAAUCAAACGGUCUUCCUCAGGUCAUGGUUAGAGGGGGAAUUCCUAACCAGUCCAUGAGGUAACCCAGAAUGGGAUCAUGCACAGACAGAACCCAGCACAAUAUGGGGAGCAGAAGAUCCUGCCGGAUGCUGUCUAACACUAAAGCCAAAACAGACUGGUGUUAUGUGAGGAGACUAAUAAAAUUCACACUCCCAACCUCCAGCCAACACUUGACCUUGCUCUAUCCAGCCUGGUCUCCCCACCCUGCUACACAGAACUGGGGACACCAAUCAGCUAGGAUUCCCUAAAAGGUGCAACUCAGAGGGGCUAG